UUGCAUGCAUGUACGAUGUAUCCGCAGAUCAAAACCUAUCAAAACAAGUUGAUAAAAUAUUUAUUGGGAAACAAAUUUUCUUUUCGAUAAUAUUCAUUCUAUUUCAUAAUGGCAUCGUCACCAAAUACCGACAAGGAAGUGCUGAAAUUAAACACCAACCCCAAAAUGGUCACCAAAGCUACGGAAAUUCUAGAACCCCUUCCCAGCGCAGCGGUGGACAAGAACCUGGAUGAUGUCUUGGAAGCCGUCAAAACCGUGGACCAGACGUGUGACUACAAACGGUGCAAGCAAAAAACCAACAUGAUGGGAAGCAAUUGUGAAUUCUGCAAGCAACGUUUCUGCUUCAAGCAUGGCCUCCCGGAAGUGCACGGAUGCGGUGAAGCCGUUAGACGGCAAGAACGAGAGGCGUUUCUGCAUCCCCUGCCAGCGAAAACCGUUCAGGCCCAGGAGGAUCUGAAGAAAGCGCACGGUCGAUUAGACCAAAAACUGAAACAAAUGAACCUGGGCCGGAAAGCGAAACCAUCGGGAACUUCAUCCGGAAGCGGUGGUGGCAGAAGGAAAGGAAAAUCUUAAAGCCGCUUUUUCUUUUAGGGACUUUUUAUUUCAAAUACUUGUGAAACGCCUAUAGAAUACACGAUAUUUAUUUUAUGAGUAAA